CCAACUGUCACCUCCACGUCCAAACACAAGCAGUCCCACAUACGGAGCGGUCUCCCCGCCAGUGGAUCGGAGCAAACGGGGAGCGACGGCCUUGCCCCGAGCUUGGGCUUACACACACGUAUGAGAGGGCUCCGAGGAUGAGUGAUUCGUCAUGUUGGCAUUUGAUUAUUUCAUGGGUCCUGAUCGGGUUCCUAAUACAACUCUGGGGGUGAGAUGCUAGGGUGCUGGGAUCGCCCUCUGUCUCUACAAUGUAUGUACUAUACCCUAAUGGGUGAUGCACACAGUUACACACUUUCCCUCGUCAAUGAUGUCAAGUCUGCAAGUCCCGUCGGACACAGUGCAAUGAUCGAAAUGAUUUCGGUUGAUUUCUCCCUUGUCUCUCUCGUACAGGAGGUUAGCCUACAGACUAGCGUGCAGCUGGGCGGAUUUGUUUCAUUCUUAGUUUGUUUCGUUUGGGACGGGGCCAGCACGUGCGGAUCUCGUGACGUUGACUGGUCAGCCCAGAUGCUGAGUCAUCUUCAUAGUUGCACCUCCAGGUCAUUCACAACCAAUCAGAACACGAGAAAUCCAGAGAGCUCUCAUCGUGCAGCAACGAGUCUCGCUCGCUGGUCAAUUGCCCUCAUGGAGUAUUGGCUAAUUCAUUGCCGGUCACACAAAGUUAUACACACAGGAUACACAAUCGGUGUGGUAUGUACUAGUCGGGAAGCUAGACGAUGGAUGGGUUUCUUGGAAAAACCAUGUUCGAAGCUCACUUUUUCCUUCCGAGUGGAAUUGACCGAAUGGGUCCUCCCCCAGUCUAGCCGUUCUCGGGCGGCCGAUAAAGUAUCGCCGCCUCUUGCUUUUGACAAUCCUCUCGCCUUCGCCCACCUGGACUUUUCCUUCUUCUCAUGCUUGACUGACCCCCUCGAGCUUCAUUCUCUCCCUCAAAUCUACCCAUCAUGAGGUUCGGUGAGCAUCUCCGAUCCUCCAUGAUCAAGGAGUACUAUCCUUACUACAUCGCCUACGACGAGCUCAAGAAGGCCCUCAAAACCGACUUUGUCACCCAGCCCACCCCGGACAACGCCAAACCCGCCCGCAAGGAAUGGACCGAGGAUGACGAGACCACUUUUGUCACCUUGCUCGAGUCCGAACUCCACAAGGUCUUUCUCUUCCAGAAGCGCAAGUCCGAGGAAAUUGUCGAGCGCAUCAAAGCGAGUGAAAUCGAGGUGAAUGACGUCGUCUCCCGUCUCGACGACAGUGCCGGUUCCCGUCGACAGAGCACCCGCACAGCGAGGCCACCGCCCACCGACGAGGAUUUCUUGCUGUUGGAGCAGGUCCUCUCCGAUAUUAUCGCCGAUGUGCAUGAUUUGGCCAAAUUCACUCAAUUGAAUUACACUGGCUUCCAGAAGAUCAUUAAGAAGCACGAUAAAGAGACAGAAUGGUACCUCAAGCCCGUCUUUGCGGCCCGACUCAACGCCAAGCCUUUCUUCAAGGACAAUUACGACGCCUUUGUUGUGAAGCUCUCUAAACUUUACGACCUGGUCCGUACCAAGGGUAAUCCGGUCAAGGGCGACUCGUCUGCGGGUGGGACUCAGCAGAACUUUGUGCGCCAGACUACCAAGUACUGGGUGCAUCGCGACAACAUCACCGAGUUGAAGCUGGUAAUCUUGAAACACUUGCCCGUGCUGGUUUUCAACGCCAGCAAGGAGUUCGAGGAGAAGGAUACCGCCAUUUCUUCAAUCUACUACGAUAACCCCGAGACCUGGGAGCUCUACCAGGGUCGUCUCAAGAAGACCGAGGGUGCUGAGGCUAUUCGUCUGCGUUGGUAUGGUGGUAUGGAGAGCGACCAAAUCUUCGUGGAGCGCAAGACCCACCGUGAAGACUGGACGGGUGAAAAGUCCGUCAAAGCCCGUUUCGCCCUCAAGGAGAAGAAUGUCAAUGCCUUCCUGGAUGGCCGUAUGACCGUCGAGCAGGUCUUUGAGAAGAUGCGAAAGGAAGGAAAGAAGAGUACCGAUGAGAUCAACGAUCUUGAGCAGCUUGCCCGUGAAAUCCAGUACCGAGUCAUUACCCGCCGCCUGGUCCCCGUCACCCGCACUUUUUACCACCGUACCGCUUUCCAGCUGCCUGGCGAUGCCCGUGUGCGUAUCUCUCUCGACACCGAGCUCACUAUGAUCCGUGAGGAUAACCUCGAUGGACGUCGGCGUGCUGGAGCCAAUUGGCGUCGUAUGGAUAUUGGCGUCGACUAUCCAUUCUCGCAGCUGCCGCCCGAGGACAUUGACCGCUUUCCGUACGCCGUGCUGGAGGUCAAGCUGCAGACGCAGGCCGGCCAGGAGCCGCCGCAGUGGAUCCGCGAUCUUACGGCAUCGCAUCUCGUCGAGGCUGUGCCCAAGUUCAGCAAGUUCAUUCACGGCACAGCUACUCUCUUCCCUACCCGCAUCAACCUCCUGCCCUUCUGGUACCCACAGAUGGACGUCGAUAUCCGCAAGCCCCCAACCCGCCGCUACGGUAUCCACCGCCCCCUGGCGAGCACGUUGCUAUCCGCGAAUGACGAAGACUCUGAUGAUGACGAUUCACCCCAGCUUACCGAGAGUGCUACUCUGAACGGGUCGCGCGAAGGCUCAGAUGACCGGUACCUCUUCACUGAGACCAACGGAAACGAAUUGGACAUUGAAGAGCGUAUUGCUGCACGCCCGCUGGCUGGUGAUGAGGAUUACCCGCUGUAUGACUCGGAUGAUGAGUAUGACACCGUGGACUCGGAUGAAUUGGAGGAGGCACGCCGUGUUGGUGGUGCUUAUUAUGCGGAACAACUGGUUAAGUAUUACGUUCGUAAGACCGGGCAUGCGAUCGCAAAGGGCCUGUGGGCGAUCAUUCCCCGGCCUCGGGCUACUGAGAUGCCACCACAGGAGGCACGCGGUAUCCAGGUUCUCGGUACCCAGCGGACGCUGCAGCGCUUCCAGGCGCCACCUGGAAAGAGAAUCUUCGUCCCCGUCCGUGUUGAGCCUAAGGUUUACUUCGCUGCUGAACGCACGUUCCUUUCAUGGCUAGAAUUUUCUAUCAUCCUAGGCGGUAUCGCGGCCACGCUCCUCAACUUUGGCGUCGACUCCAUCUCGCUGGUGAGUGCGUGGGCCUUUACCAUUCUCGCCGCCGGUGCACUAGUCUACUCUUUGCUCCUCUACGUCUGGCGCGUGGACAAGAUCCGCAAGCGCCGCGAUGUCAAGCGUGUCUACUAUGAAAAAUGGGGACCUACCGUCGUCAGUGUCGGUCUCGUGGCCGUUGUCUUGGUGAACUUUGGGCUACGUGUCAAGGCAGGUGGAUUCAUGGCCGGGAAGUUACCGUUGGAUGGUAGACCCCGGCACGGUGAUGAACUUUGAUUCAAAAUGUUUGGAUAGUCAGGUAUAUGGAAACUGGCUGAUGAAACUUUCAAGCUAUAUAUUGAGCUUCUCUUUGCUUUGGCGAGCCAUCGCUGGAUAUAUCUGUUGAGUGGCCAGUAUGAUGGUGUCACGUUGAACACUGUAUUUACCAUGGCGUUACAAUUUCCCUUUUUCUUGAUUGUUUUCAUUCGCUUGGAGCUUGUGGCGUUGGCGUUAUGUACAGAACCAAGACGAGCUAUGUAUGUCAAUAUUAUGGAAAUUUGCAUGCAAUCUGCACUUACAACACUGUGUAUAUAGUGGAUCCUUAUGGGAAUUUCCGGUUUAAGGCGGGGAUGUAAGCUUGGAUUGGUACCUAACUUCCUCCGUAG